AUGAUCUCUGCUCAGGACUAUUCCUCAGGUGAUGAUGAUGAGGACGAUCUUCAGUAUCAACAAGAUCAUCAAUUUUUAGGUAUUGCUUCCGGGACAAAAGAUCUAUCACCACCACCCUCCUCUGUAGCCAGUACUUCUACGGCAACAACGAGUAGUUCCGAUCCUGCUACUGGAGAUUCCUCCCUAAGGUUUCAUGGAAUUUCAUCAUCAUCGCAACAACAAUCAUUGCAUACAACGACUCCGAAUCAAGAUCAACAGAAACGUGGAGUUGUAUAUAUUCUAUUGCUGCCCUAUCUGUGUUUUAUAGAGGGUUUUUCAAAUAUGGUUCGAUGGAUGACUGGAGGAGGAAAGCGAACAAGCUCUUCAACCGAAUCAACUGGUUUCAAUAAUGAAGAUCUCUCAUUGCAAUCGGAGGGAUAUUCACAAGUUUGA